CGCUGAAAGGGUUGAUUCCACGGGGAUCGGACGUUAUGCAAACAUCAAAGGACACUUGCCGUUCGAUUUGCAAAAAUUUUCGUUGUGCUUGUUCGUAGUAAUCACGAGAAAUUCAGGAUAAACGUGGUACAAGAUGCCAGAGACGGGGGAAGUAUCAGAUUCAGAAAAUUCUGGGUCUGGAUCUGACAACGAAAGCAAAAGUGAUUCAUCAUCAAAUAACUCUGGAUCAGAAAGCGAUUCCGGCUCGUCUUCUUCAAGUGGAUCUGAUUCAGGAGGAGAAGGUGGUUCCGGCAACGAAAAGGCAAGUCCUCACAGCAGUUCGAACGCAUCAAACAAUUCACCCGAUUCCAAAUCCAAAAGGAAAUCAGAUUCGAAAGAGUGGGAUGAAAAUCCCGACAUUUACGGCAUUCGAAGGUCGUCGCGGUCGCGUAAGGAACCAGACCGAUUACAGAACAAAAGCGAACAGAAGAAGAGGAAGAGCGAUGAGUGGAAAUACAACGACGAUAGUUCUUCCGAAUCGGAAGAGGAGAAAGAAAUUCCACCUCCGAGCAAAAGAGUCGGAGCUAAACGUGCCACUGUGAAAAAAGCUAAAACCAAAACCAAGUACAGUUCGGACGAUUCUAGUGUUGAUAGUGAUGAAGAUCGAAGAAGAACAGUGACAAGACGGACCGCGGGUGCUUCUGUUAGUUAUAAGGAAGAAAGUGAAGACGAUAAAACUGAUUCGGAGGACUUGUUAGAGGUGGAAUAUACUGAGACGUCUGAGCCUGUACCUGAAGAAAAGUGUGAAACAAUUGAGAAGAUUUUGGGCCAAAGGAGAGGGAAGAAAGGGGUGACUGGAAACAUCACAACAAUGUAUUACGUAGAGGAAAACGGCGAUCCCAACGAGGGAGUGGAUCCGAACGACUCGGAAAGUACCGAACAACAGUAUCUCAUCAAGUGGAAGGACUGGGCGCACAUACAUAACACCUGGGAGUCGGAAGAGUCACUAAAGGAACAAAAAGUAAAAGGAAUGAAGAAACUGGAAAAUUAUAUCAAGAAAGAAAUCGAAAUUCAGCAAUGGAUGAGAUAUGCAACUCCGGAAGACAUAGAAUACUACGAGUGUCAAAUGGAGUUGUCGCAGGAGUUGCUAAAAAGCUACAACAACGUUGAGAGGAUUAUCGCGAAAUAUAAUAAACCGGACGGUGGCACCGACUAUUUCAUUAAGUGGGAAAGUCUGCCUUAUGCCGAUUCCACGUGGGAGGACUCUGGCUUGAUUCAGAAGAAGUGGCCGAAGAAAAUAAAAGAAUUCGACGAUCGCGAACAAUCGAAACAGACUCCAACCAAACACUGCAAAGUCCUCAAGUACCGGCCGAAGUUCCACGAAGUGAAGACUCAACCGGAGUAUAUGAUGGGAAUCGAGAAGACUUUGGUGUUGCGGGACUACCAAAUGGACGGCCUGAACUGGUUGAUUCACUCCUGGUCGAAAGAAAACUCGGUUAUUUUAGCCGACGAGAUGGGCCUGGGUAAAACAAUCCAGACGAUAUGCUUUCUGUAUUAUCUCUUCAACACCUACCAAUUACACGGACCGUUCCUGUGUGUUGUGCCCUUGUCGACGAUGACUUCGUGGCAGCGGGAGUUCGCGCAGUGGGCCCCCGAAAUGAAUUUCGUCACGUAUUUGGGCGACGUCCAAUCAAGAGAUACGAUCAGACAAUACGAGUGGAGUUAUGAAGGUUCGAAACGCCUGAAGUUCAACGCGAUCCUCACAACUUACGAGAUUGUCCUCAAAGACAAAGCAUUCCUUGGUAGUUUAAACUGGGCUGUGUUACUGGUUGAUGAAGCACAUAGGCUGAAGAAUGAUGAUUCCUUGCUCUACAAGGCGCUGAUGGAGUUCGACACGAAUCAUCGGCUGCUAAUCACAGGGACCCCGCUCCAAAACAGUUUGAAGGAGUUAUGGGCACUUCUCCACUUUAUCAUGCCGCAGAAGUUCCAAGCCUGGGAGGAGUUUGAAAAGGAUCACGAACACGCGUCGACGAAAGGCUACUCAAGGUUGCACAAACAACUGGAGCCUUUCAUUUUACGUAGAGUGAAAAAAGACGUUGAGAAAUCGUUACCGGCAAAAGUUGAACAAAUUCUUAGGGUAGAAAUGACUACGCUUCAAAAACAAUACUAUAAGUGGAUUCUUACCAAAAACUAUAACGCGUUACGUAAAGGUGUGAAAGGUUCAACCAACACCUUUUUAAAUAUAGUUAUAGAAUUAAAAAAGUGCUGUAAUCACGCGUUGUUAACGAAGCCGACGGAAUACGAGUCGAAUAAUUCUCAGGAAGACCAUUUGCAACUGUUGCUCCGCGGUUCCGGUAAAUUAGUGCUAUUGGACAAACUUUUAAUACGUUUACGUGAAACGGGUCACAGAGUGUUAAUAUUUUCGCAAAUGGUCAGAAUGUUGGACAUAUUAGGUGAAUAUUUGCAGUUGCGCCAUUUCCCCUUUCAACGUCUGGAUGGAGGCAUCAAGGGCGAACUUAGGAAACAAGCACUCGAUCAUUUUAAUGCCGAAGGAUCUCAAGAUUUCUGUUUUCUACUGUCGACGCGUGCCGGUGGUUUAGGUAUUAAUUUAGCUACAGCUGAUACUGUGAUUAUCUUCGAUUCGGACUGGAAUCCACAAAAUGAUCUACAAGCCCAAGCAAGAGCACACAGAAUCGGACAAAAGAAUCAAGUCAAUAUCUACCGAUUAGUCACCGCUCGAUCAGUAGAAGAAGAAAUCGUCGAACGUGCCAAACAAAAAAUGGUCUUGGAUCAUCUAGUUAUACAAAGGAUGGAUACAACAGGACGAACAGUAUUGGACAAGAAAGGAUCCUCAAACAACAAUCCUUUCAACAAGGAAGACCUCACCGCCAUACUCAAAUUUGGCGCUGAAGAGUUAUUCAAGGACGAAGACGACAAAGACGAAGAACCAAAUUGUGAUAUUGACGAAAUCCUCCGACGAGCAGAGACACGUGACGAAGCCCCCACUCUAGCCGGAGACGAACUUCUAUCAGCCUUCAAAGUUGCAAAUUUCGCCGCUUUUGACGAAGACACCGAGCCCUCCCCAGCACCCCAGGCACCAGCAGAUGACGAAAGCAAAGACUGGGACGAAAUCAUCCCUGAAAAACUCCGAAAGAAGGUCGAAGAAGAAGAAAGAUCCAAAGAAAUGGAAGAUUUGUACCUCCCGCCUCGUUCCCGCAAAACUCUCCAACAAAUCAACCAGUCCGAAAGCGACGGCGAAGACGGCAAAGGUCGCAAGAAACGGAAGAAAGAAGAGGCGGAAUCGGGUGGAUCAAGCGGCGAAGGUGAAGAAAGCGACGAAGAACGGCCGCGAAAACGUGGCCGACCUCCGUUAGCCAAUCGCGAGAGAAUAAAAAAUUUCACCGACGUGGAAAUCAGAAGGUUUGUGAAGAGUUACAAGAAGUUCAGCGCGCCGUUGAAGAGGCUAGAAGCGGUGGCUUGCGACGCGGAAUUGCAGGAAAAACCGUUGGCGGAGUUGAGGAAGUUAGGGGAGCUGCUUCACGAACGCUGUAGGGCGUAUAUGGGUGAACACACCAAAGAAAAUAACGAAAGUACCCAAGAUGAUGCUAGUCGGGGUCGGAAGAGGAUGCGAGGACCUUCGUUUAAGUUAGGUGGAGUUUCAGUUAAUGCCAAAACAAUGAUGGCGUGUGAAGAGGAGUUGGAGCCUUUGGACGAAGUUUUGCCUUCGAAUCCGGAAGAAAGAAGCAAAUGGGUGUUGGAUGCAAGGACCAAACCUGCCCAUUUUGACGUCGAAUGGGACAGUAACGAAGAUUCCAAGUUGCUUCAAGGGAUUUACAUCUAUGGAAUGGGUUCAUGGGAACAGAUUAAGUUAGACCCAACUUUGGGAAUUGGUGAUAAAAUUUUACUCAAUGAAGAUAAGAAGCCACAGGCUAAACAUCUACAGUCCAGAGCUGAGUAUUUACUAAAAAUAUUGAAGAAGCAACUCGACCAGAAGAAAGGGGUUUCGAAACCGAAAAGGCAACGGAAGUCGAAAGAAACCAAAGCUUUGACUAAAGAAAUUAUUGAUAAUGAUGAUAUUAGUUCAAAUGAAGACACAAACAUUGCUAGUUCUGCAAGCACGACUUCGUCGAUUCCCAAAAAGAGCAAAUCUGUACUUAAGAAAGAAGAUGACAAGGAAAUGGAUGGUUCAAGCAAACAUCACAGCGAGAAGAAAGACAAGAAGAAGGAUAAGAAGAAAGAGAAGAAACUUGCCGGACCGAUGCAUUUUACUGCUAACAAUGAACCAAGGGCUUUGGAUGUAUUGGGCGACUUGGAUCCUGCCAUAUUUAAUGAGUGUAAAGAAAAAAUGAGACCGGUUAAGAAAGCCCUCAAAGCAUUGGAUAAUCCGGAUCAGUCUUUAUCAGAGGCUGAACAAGUAAACCACACUAGGUUGUGUUUAAUACAAAUUGGGGAACAAAUCACUCAUUGUUUGAAUCAGUAUACUGAUCCAGAAAAAAUUAAAGAAUGGAGAAGUAACUUGUGGUAUUUUGUAUCAAAAUUCACUGAAUUUGAUUCUAAAAAAUUGUACAAAUUGUAUAAACGAGCCUGCAAGAAGUCGGAAAAGCUGGAAAAGAAGAACGACCCGGAUGCGAGCGGUAGCACUAGUAAAGAGAAAACAAAAAGUGAGAGUAAAGAUGAACGAGAACAUACGAGUAAAAGGCGUCAUGAAGGUGACGAUAAAGAAGAACGGGAAUCGAAGAAACACCGUUCAGAAAAGAAAGACAAACGUGAUAAGGAAGAAAAGGAAAAGAAGAAGAAAAACCGCGACGAGCCAGAAGAAGAGGGAGAAUGGUCUCGCUAUGGCCGCGGUAGUCGAAAGCCGAGCUCUGGCGGUUUUCGGCACGAGCCCAUGUCCCAUGCCGACCAUGAAAGGUGGAGCGGGAGUCAGUCACGUGACCGUUUCCCCGAACAUAAGCGAGACAGGUUUGAUUAUCAAAGACAGGGUGGUUAUCACAGAGAAAGGAGUGACUUUGGUCGGCCCGAUAAAAGGUCUCCCGAGGGGAAAGCAGAUUGGAGGUACGCGAGGAAUCCCCGCGAUCUUAUGCCUCCCAUGGGUGGUCAGCGACCACCGGUAUUUUACGGUCCUAACUUUCAACCAAUUCCAUUGUAUAUACCGGAACAGUUUCCAAGAGACAGGUUUUCACCUGGUGAUUGGCGUCCCUUAGAUAGAGACUAUAACAGACGCGAGUACGAUAGGCGGCCACAAUAGAUUUCGUUAAAUCUAAGGAAUGUGUGCAUAACAAUGUACAAUGGUUAAAAUGCGAGCUGUUCGUUUGUGUGAAAAGUCAUUGAGAUUUGUUUUUUAUUUAUGAUUUUUUUUAAUUUGUUUUAAUUUCUCGAUGAUUUUUCAUUUCUUGCAUUUUUUUCAUUACCAAAUGUUUUAUAUUAUAUUGUAUGGAUAUUCAGUUGCAAUUAAUUAAGAUAAACCCAAAAAGGUGGCUGUGUUAUGCCAACACUUUUGAUGUGCAGGCCUAUCCAACCAGUGUAAAUGACAACUUAAAUGUACAUACAUACAAAAUAGAUAUGUUUUGAUAAA